AUGCAGCAAGAGUAUCAGGACAGUAGUGACGGCCGGAAUCGUCGGGGUCGUCAGGGCUGUCGGGACGAUCCGAGCCGUCUGGACCACGGAUCCACAACCGGCAAUGGCGAGAAGCGGGACUCGGACUCCCUCAUAAGCACCGGAGGAGGUUUGGAGCUAUUCAACAUACGCACCAAUUGGCCUACCCUUCGACCUCCGGCGAAGAAGGGUUGCAGCGCCGCUGCUCGUUUCGGGAAACCCGGCCUCCUUGAGUUCGCGAAAGCUAAUCGUUGCGGGUGGACCCCAGCGACUUGUGCUCAGGCCACCGGGAGUGGACACCUUGGGAUCCUCAAAAGGCUUCGAGCACGGGGCUGCGGCUGGGAUGAAGAAACACGCCGGCAGGCUGCCAUAGGGGGUCACCUCAAGGUCCUGAAAUGGGCGAGGGCGCCAAGCGCAAACUGGUUGGGGUAGUGGAUGGGCUCGAACGCGUGCCGUUAUAUAAUUAUCGUAUAGAAUCCUCGACGGAUUCUCCAAACGGAUUCUUACUUUUGCUCACAUGGAUUGACAUUUCUCAGCACACACAGACCCCACAGCAGUCACCACUAGCUUCAAAGACGCCUACAGGUGUGGUGCGUACAGCCUUCAAGUUCUGGAGACGACCCGACAAUCAUGGAGGGAGAACUCUGUGGUGAUGUGGU